AUGGAGAAAAGGAAGACUGAUAUAGCAAAUCAACCAGGUAUAGGUACCUCUGUGCUUGCUGACAUCCAUGCUAUUUCAGCACAGAAAGAAGCAAGACUGACAGUUGUGAAAACCCUUGAAGAGUUUGACUUGGGCCAUGCCGAAAGGUGUGUUAGGAUAAACUCUGUGUCCAGCGGUCUUGCAGAAGAAGAUCUAGAGGUGCUUUUGCAGUCCAAGACUCUUCCUUCAAGCAUGAUGCUGCCAAAGGUUGAAAAUGUUGAAGAAAUAAGAUGGUUUUCAGACAGAUUCUUACAUCACCUAAAAGGCCGAACACUUGCAGAACCAAUGAAUUUUAUCCCCUUUGUGGAAACUGCAGUGGGCUUGCUCAAUUUUAAGGCUGUCUGUGAAGAAGCGCUGAGAAGAGGCUCCCAGGUUGGCUUUCAUUUGGAUGCAGUCGUCUUUGGAGGAGAGGAUUUCCGUGCCAGCAUAGGUGCAACAAGCAGUAAGGAAACUCACGACAUUCUAUAUGCCAGACAAAAAAUAAUAGUCACAGCAAAGGCAUUUGGCCUUCAAGCAAUAGACCUUGUUUACAUCGAUUUCCAAGAUGAAGAUGGGCUCCGCAGGCAAUCAAGAGAAGGUGCCGCAAUGGGAUUCACUGGUAAGCAGGUGAUUCACCCCAACCAAAUUGCUGUUGUCCAGGAACAGUUCUCUCCGAGCCCUGAAAAAAUAAAGUGGGCGCAAGAACUGAUUUCUGCUUUUGAAGAACAUCAGCGAUUAGGCAAGGGAGCGUUCACUUUCCGCGGGAGCAUGAUCGACAUGCCAUUACUGAAGCAGGCACAGAACAUUGUUACGCUUGCCACAGCCAUCAAGAAAAAAUGA